AAUUAAUUUUUUCGACAAUAAUAAAAUAUUUAUCCAAUUAAACAGUCAUCCACGGGCUAAAGCAGCGCGUGGAAUAAGCAUUUUUGGUAAACCAACGACCUGAAAGUCAUUCCCCAAAAAUCUGAUUGUUUAUUUGGCUUUGGUGGCAGUGAAAAUAAAAUAACCUCCAACAAUAAAAAAUAAAAAUAAAAAUAAAAGACAACUUGAAAACUAACGAUAUCCAAAUCCAAUCACAGGUGGAAAGAACAUUACUGUUCUUCUAAUCAUAGCCAUUUCAUUCCUCUUUUCAAUCCUUUAUUUUAUUUACUUCCCAAAAAAAAAAAUCCGUUUCUCAUCCAACUAAAUUCCAUCCAGCCAUAGUUAUUCCAAUUUUUUGUUUUGGAAUUGGCUGUCUUUCUUUCUCAAAUUCUUGGAAACAGAUUCAGGGUUCUUUUUUAAUAUAUAUAGGAGAAGGCAAUGAAUGGCUGUUGAUAAUUUGUAAGUUUUUAGUUAUCCCUCGAAAGCUGGAGAUGUCUAUGCGACAGGAGAAUUCUGAUGGAUCAGCUAACGUGCUGCAAGAUUUCUUUGUUGGAGAAAAACAAAGUUGGACCAAGAAGGAACGACACAAAUCUGGUCCACAAAAAAAACUAGAGAAACUGCUGAAUCAAAAUGCAAAUAAGAUUUGUGCAGAUUGUGGCUCACCAGAUCCAAAAUGGGUGUCCUUCAACCUUGGAGUAUUUAUUUGUAUCAAGUGUUCUGGUGUUCAUAGAAGCCUUGGAGUACAUAUAUCAAAGGUUCUAUCAAUCAAGCUAGAUGAGUGGACAGAUGACCAGGUGGCUAGUUUCAUUGAAUUGGGUGGCAAUAAUGUAGCAAUCAAGAAAUAUGAAGCUUGCCUUCCAGAUGAUUACAGAAAACCAAAGCCAGAUGCCACUAUAGAGGAGCGCACUGAUUUCAUUAGGAAGAAAUAUGAGAAACAACAAUUUGUGUACUCUCCUGAACAAAUGAUCUGCCCAUAUCGGCCCCAUCGAACUGCAUCAUCUUCCCAGGCUCUCCCUCCUUCUCAAGAAAAGAAACACUUUGACAAGCAAGCAACAAGGCAUCGCAUUGGACAUGCAUUUCGUAACAGCUGGGGAAGAAAAGAUGCUGAGUACAAGAACCCAAAGAAGAGCAACUCAAUGGUGAUGACGGCAGGGAUGGUUGAAUUUGUUGGCUUAAUCAAGGUUAAUGUUGUCAAAGGAACUAAUUUAGCAGUGAGGGAUGUGGUAACAAGCGAUCCAUACGUCAUCCUUGCAUUGGGUCAUCAAUCAGUGAGAACACGUGUCAUAAAGAACAAUCUGAAUCCAGUCUGGAAUGAAAGUCUAAUGUUGUCGAUCCCAGAACACAUUCCUCCUCUGAAAGUGCUUGUCUAUGAUAAGGAUACUUUCUCAACUGAUGACUUUAUGGGUGAGGCUGAGAUUGACAUUCAACCUCUGGUUUCUGCUGCCAAAGCCUAUGAAACUUCCUCAAUCAAUGAGCCAAUGCAACUUGGUAAGUGGGUAGCAAGCAAGGACAACACUCUAGUGACAGAUGGUAUCAUCAAUUUAGUAGAUGGGAUGGUAAAGCAAGAAAUAACCCUCAGGCUCCAGAAUGUCGAGAGGGGGGUGCUAGAGAUUGAACUUGAAUGUGUUCCUCUUACUCAAUAGCUAGCAUGGAGAUGCUCCCAAAAUAUGAUUCAACUGAUAUUCUUAUAAACCGGAUGAUGCAUAAAAGUAGCGAAUGUUUAGCCUUGCUACUGCUAUAUAGUCCUUGUUUUGCUAUCAAGAUCGAAUGACAGGGAACCGUAGGAUUUUUCUUGAUGAUUUUGUGGAUAUUAUGUAAAGUUUUUAGUCACUAAGCACGACUCCAAAUGUCGUUCGAGUUAAGCAGCUCCAGCGCACUAAAUUUGCUGGUUUGCUUGCAACUCUGUUGUUAUGAGAAUGUAAUUAGCCAUCUUUGCUAAACUUUGUUCCUGAUGGAUAAAUCAGCGUUCAGUUUAGUA